UUUCAAUUUAUGAUGAAAAUUUUAAUAGAACAAUUAGAAAUUCAAGACAAGCAAAUCACUUACUUGAUGAAUUAAUAAAUAAAAAAAUAAUAAUAGAAAUAGUUACAUUGCAAAAAUCUGGUGCUGGAUUUUGGAUAACAAAUUCUAAAAUAAUAGAUGUUGCUGAAGAUGGUCAACAAGACGGUCAAAUUCCAAAUUCUGAUCAAGUUAUUCAGCCAAUUCAAAAUAUCAAUCAACCAGCUCAAAAUUCCGAUCAACAACAAAAACUCAACCAACUCCAACAAAUUCAAAACCUAGGUCAACAAAAUUACAAUCAGCAUCAAGUUCAAAAUCUAGCUCAACAAAGUUAUCUUCAACAAAGUCAGCAACAACAAAUUCAAAAUUACGCUCAACACGCCCACCAACAAACUCAAAGUUAUGGACAGUAUAACCAAAACAGUGACAACGUGAUGAUGACAACUUUACCUCGCCUAAGUUUAAAUAUUUCUUCGCCCAAUAAUAUUCAUCAUGGCAUCAAAAGUGACGAUGACCCUUUAAUUUUAAGGAUUUCUGAUCUUAAGACGUAG